AUGUCUACAACAACUGUGUUCGGCUUCUUUGCAUUAUCUGGCAGCCAGCAAGUGCAGUCAUCAAGACCUGGGGUGACGUCGAAGACAUACCAUUGUUUGUAUGACACUACGGUGCAAUGUACAUCCGGCGCGAUCUUUCCUGUGCAGCUUCGGGUGUACAGUCCAUUCAACGAUACAGUCCAUGUCGACGAUACUGUCACCUUCGUGGUGGCGAGAACAUACAUCCCA